AUGAAUGGCCACAUACCUUCUCAAGUGUCUCUCUCCUCACUCUUCUUCCUUCCCAAUGGAAACCCUUCUUUUUCGUUCCCACCUUUUCGUUGGAACCAAAUGGCAUUUGGGGUUCGUAAAGCCCCGCGCUUUGUGGUAAGGGCAGGCCCUAAGAAGAUAUUAUUCGGCAAGGAGUGCAGAGAGGCCAUGCAAACCGGGAUUGAUAAACUCGCCGAUGCUGUCUCUCUUACCGUCGGACCUAAAGGACGAAAUGUUAUUCUUUCUGAAUCUGGAAACCUUAAAGUGAUUAAUGAUGGCGUUACAAUUGCUCGAUCCAUUGAGCUUUCAGAUGCAAUUGAGAAUGCAGGUGCCAUCCUAAUUCAAGAGGUUGCUAGUAGAAUGAACGAGUUGGCUGGUGAUGGUACUAGCACUGCAAUCAUUCUGGCUCGUGCCAUGAUUAAAGCUGGACUAUUAGCAGUUGCUUUUGGAGCUAAUCCUAUUUCUUUGAAGAAGGGGAUGGAUAAGACUGUAAAGGAGUUGGUCAAGCUCUUGAAGGAGAGAAGUGUUCCUGUUCAAGGAAGGGAGCAUAUUAAAGCUGUAGCAUCAAUUUCUGCUGGAAAUGAUGAGUAUGUUGGUGACUUGAUUGCUGAUGCUAUGGGAAAGAUUGGUCCAGAUGGGGUGAUCACUAUUGAGUCUUCCUCAACAUCUGAAACCUCUGUGAUAAUUGAAGAAGGGAUGAAGAUUGAUAAGGGUUACAUGUCUCCUCACUUCAUUACAAACCAGGAGAAGUCCAUUGUAGAGUUUGAUUGGGCUAAAGUUUUGGUAACUGAUCAAAAGAUUUCAAGUGUCAAAGAAAUAGUCCCAUUGCUAGAAAAAGCCAUGCAGUUGAGUGUCCCACUCUUAAUUAUUGCAGAGGAUAUCACAAGGCAAGUUCUGGAAACAUUAGUAGUGAACAAAAUGCAAGGAUUACUAAGAGUUGCAGUGGUAAAAUGUCCAGGAUUUGGAGGUGGAAAGAAAGCUUUGUUACAAGAUAUUGCACUUAUGACUGGUGCUGAUUUUCUUUCUGGAGACUUGGGUCUCACGCUUGAUGGUGCAACAUCAGACCAGCUUGGUACUGCACUGAAAGUGACAAUAACCAGUAAUGCAACAACUAUCAUUGCUGAUCCCAGUACUAAGGCUGAAAUUCAGGCGAGAAUUUCACAGAUAAAGAAGGAUAUUAGUGAAACAGAUAAUGCAAACCUGUCAAGAAAGCUCUCAGAGAGAAUUGGAAAACUCUUGGGUGGUGUAGCUGUUAUAAAGGUAGGUGCACAUACUGAGCUAGAAUUUGAAGAUAGAAAACUUAGAAUUGAGGAUGCAAAGAAUGCAACAUUUGCUGCCAUAAGUGAGGGAAUUGUUCCAGGAGGGGGUGCUACAUAUGUCCACAUGUUGGACUUGAUACCAACAAUAAGGAACUCCAUGGAAGAUCUAGAUGAGCAAAUUGGUGCUGAUAUCAUAGCAAAUGCACUCAUUGAACCUGCAAAAUCAAUUGCAACUAAUGCAGGAUUUGAUGGAGACAUUGUUGUCCAAAAGACUAGAACUCAUGAUUGGAGAACAGGAUAUAAUGCAAUGACGGGCAUAUACGAAGAUCUUUUGAAUGCUGGAGUAGCAGAUCCUUGUCGUGUUGCAAGAUGCGCUCUUCAGAAUGCAGUUUCUGUUGCUGGUCUGGUUCUAACUACUCAAGCUAUAUUGGUGGAUAAAAUAAAGAAACCCAAGCCACCUGUGCCCAUGGUUCCAGGCAUAACGCCCUAA